CACGGGAAAGUGAUUGAAGAAAAAUUUAUUAGUAGUAAGAUAGUGAAAAGAAAUAGUUUAAAAAGCUUCUAAUCAUGAGCCAGUGGAAAAGACCGGACGAAAUUCUUCAACUGCAGCGGCUUAAGCAAAAGCAGAAAGCAUUGCAAGCACGCAUUCAAAGACCAUCUGGAAAAUCAAGCUCCGAUGUCUCCAGCAGCCAGCAAGAACCGAAUCCCUUUGCAGGCAAUCAGAAAAGAAAGAAUCCAUUCUCAAUAAAUGAUGACAAUUCAACCAAGAAGCACAAAUCAUUUGAUCCGGAUCUCAAUAACGAUGAAAGUAUUUUGGAAUUGUUGCACAAAACAACUCCGAGAGAUGUACUCCUGAUUGACACUCCCGUUAUAAAACCACUAGAACCACGUUUCCUUGUAGAUCCACAGCACCAAUUGGUUAUUAGUACAGACCAACAAAAGGCUCCAGAAAUACAGCAGAAACCCAGCAAGCAUCUUCCAAUCCACUGGGGAAUCAAAAGCCGAUUGCGUAUUGUUUGCAAAUCAUCACUCCCUGGGAAUAACCUCCGAACGAACCAGGAAGCCAGUGGGCUUACUUCCUUUGUUCGCUGCAUCGGAAUAAAGGACUCGUCAGUAGGAUUAGACAUUUCGCCUGGAGCGAGGUUCUACCAGAGUACCUUGUACUGGCAGCAUCCUCAUCUACCCUGGUUGACACUAUUCCCAAGAAACUCAAAAUCCAACCAUGGAAUCGUGCUCGGUGAAGUUGAACGAGUUGCCCUAGGGAAGGAAUGGGCCGUUAGUUUUCAGAACCUUUUUCAACUGGUUCGUUCCAGACAGUGCCCGUACUUUUAUGUGUGUGCCAACAGUUUCACAGUUCUGUUCCGAGCAGCUGGAAUCGGUGGACGUGUCGAAACGCAUGCACUGCUUACGCCCACUUCCCGCGGUAUGCGAUUAGCCUUGAAACAAGAGGACAUAGAAUUCAGUAUGCCGCUUAAAAAAACACCGGAAAAACAGGAGCUGAAUCGAUCGGCAGAGUCCGGUAUCAGCGUUCACAAUGGAAGUUUUUCGAAUUCAUCGGAGGAGCAAUCGACGAACGCACCUACAGACGAAGGCCAUGACGAGGAGGAAGACGACGAUGAUAUGGAAGAAGAGAAAUGGCUUGAGAGUUUAGGAGUCGAAGCGGACGAAAUCAAAAAGAUCAACUAUAACCAAUCGAAGAAGCUACAGAGUCGUGAAUGCGAUGACGACUACAGUGACCAGUCUACGGUUCUUAUCGAAGGCGUUGAAUGCCAAGCAUUCUUUAACUUUUUACUAAAUGCUAAAAGCUCUACUGCGAAAGUGGGACGGUUAGCAGGCGUUCCUCCAACCCUAAUAGCCCCGGUGGCAUUUGUAGGAGCUACCUUGCGAACGCUAACAACUCGCUCGAGCAAAAUUAGAAUGGAUGGUGAGGACUACCAUAGCACGGAACUGCAAGGUGUAAUCCUGCCACAUGUGCUGCCUUACAUUUGCGGAUUAUUAACGGAGACGAAAGAUAACUUCAGCACUACAUUGGUUACUGUGCCCAAUACAACUGUUUUCAGUCGAGUUUCCCAAAAGAUUAUUGACGAUGCCGACAAAGAGAAUGAAGCUACGGCUAUUGGCGAUCAGGUGCUGUGGAAAGAAAACCUUUCGGAUAGUGGACUCUCGGAACACAUCCUAGAAACCAUGUGCAGAGCCAGUAAGGAUUCGGUUAACGAAUUGGAGCGAUUGGUUUACUGUAAAGAGGAGGGAGGCUACACGUGGAGUUAAUUGAAUCUCAACUUUAACUCAACACUACACAAAUUCUGGAUAAAUUUACUAUCUAUUAACUUGAUUUUGUUGUU